GCCCCGCGACGAGCGCCAUGGCAGCAGCGGCCGACGCCGGCUCCGAUCCCGCCCCCGCCGUCGCCACCUCCACCUGCGCACACUGCCAGCGAGAAAUUCCGUCGUCAAACAUUGACUUGCAUUCUGUACACUGUGCUCGCAACCUUCAAAAGUGCGACCACUGCGGAGAAAUGGUUGCCAGGAAGCUUAUGGAGGAACACUACGAUGAAUAUCACGCUCCGGUAAAUUGCUCUCUUUGCAAAGAAACCUUACAGCGGGAGAUGUUGGAUCUUCAUAAAAGUAAACAGUGCACACAGAGGAUGGUUGCGUGUGAAUAUUGUGAGUACGAAUUGCCUGCGGUUGAUCUUCAUGAACAUCAGGAUGUAUGUGGCAACCGAACAGAGUUAUGUCAAACAUGCAAAAAGUAUGUUAGACUUCGUGAAUGGAUAGGGCAUGAAAUGCAGUGCCAGGUUAACUCAAAUGUUUCUGCGGCAUCAUCAAGUGCCAGAACCAUUCCAGAGAGAGAAGUGCGGCCUCCUCCACCAGUACGACCAGCGCGCCCGGUGCAAGGUGCACAAAACAAGCGACUUCUCUUCACGAUUGCUGUAACUGGAAUUGCCGUCAUGAUCGGAUCAAUAUUAUUCCAAAGGGAGGAGAGUUUCUAGGUCUAGUAGCCAUGGACAUCCCGUGCCUGAGUUGUUUUCAACAGCAGUGUCAUAAGAGAAUCUCUUGAUGUAUAAUGUUACCCCCAUAAUCAGUCUCUUGCUUGCUUAAGAGUACAGUUCCAGUCAUGGCCUCGAAAUAACUGUCCAAUUAUUUGUUGUUUUCAGUGCUAUGUUCAGAAGUCUGAAAUGUUUUAUAUUCAUAAUACUUUAUCGGUUGGACCUUGUUCAAUGGACCUAACACAGAUCAAUGCCACAUGCUGUAUAAGUUGUCGUA